AUGUCAACGAGCUCAUCCAAAUUCAGGGAGCACGUCAUCCCUUUGCGAGAAUUGACAAUGGGAGAUGUUCUCACAGUGGACCGUGGCGAACUCAUCAAGCAAUUGAGGAUGACCCACUCUGUAGCUAUUGUUUAUGACGACAACAAUGCUAUACGAGUAUGGGGCCGUCAACAAGAUGUGACGGAUGCUCUGCAAGAGUUGAUGGUACAUGUGGAAAAGUGGGAAUUGGACGCGGCUGCAUCUAAGCGUCGUGAUACCGCCCAGCCUGCCUCAGAAGCCUCAAAAGUUAUUUUGUUGGCUGACUGUAGGCCGUCUUCGCGCCAGACAGGAACUAACCGCGGCAUGCCGCAUGCCCCAACCGCGGAGGGGAAAGUCUCGAAGCGGGGCGGGGGAAGCGAGGUCGUUGACGGAACAGUGGAGACUACAAACACGGCUGCUAUAAGCAUUGUUACAUCUCAGUCAAAGUCAGUCCAACACACUACGCCAAUUCAAACAGGCCAUGUGACUCAGACUGAGCAGGACCACAAAGCAAUAUCUAGCAAAGCUCCAAUGACGAAUGCCAUAUCUCCCACCAAGAAUGAAUCAAACCAGAGCGGCGUAGCACACCGGACACCACAAAGCUCAAAGACAAACACGACUUUCGACAAGGUCGUUAAGCUCGACAGAAGGGUACUAGAAAGCUCGAGGGACUUGCUUCUGGAGCAACUACGGCAUAUUGGAAAGAAAACUAGUGCAGACUGCACGUUAGAUGAUAGUCUCGCGAUUGUUGGGGUAAAUGGCAGGUCCACCGUGGAGCGGAGUGCAGAAAAAGCCACUGCAAGCCUCGAAGCCUGGCAAAGGUUAAGGAUUAUGGCUAUCGAGCGGCAAAUGAAACGGACCCCGAGUCCGAGAGAAGCUUCUGCAACCACUCCGACGACCGCUACGGCGACGACGAUGGAGGCUGGGGGAGCACAAGGACUUCACUCGAUGACGUUCCCCGAUAAUUCCGUUGAACGCGAGGAAAUGGAGCAAAUCUUAGAUGCGUUAUCAAUACACUUUAUGAAAUUCGACAGGAUAUGGGAGCAACAUCCACGCGGCGCAGAUGUCGAAGUUGAGUAUAGCAACGGGUCAUUUAAGAUAACUGGCCCAGCUGAAGUGGCCGAUGAAAUUCAUCAGUCAUACCAAAAUUAUUUCGCUGAAGUGGCUCGACCAGCACUGGAAACCCUUCGAAGUGAGCAACAAGUUCUUUUGGAUGAACAAACGGCUUUGAAUCUUGCAAAGGAAGAAAUGGACGCGCCGUUCAAUGAUACCAGAGCUCACAGGCCACCAAGCGAUAUCUCUCAUCAGGAGCAUGGUCCAAGAGAGCAGUCGUCAGCAGGUCCAAGUGGUUCAUCGAAGCCCAUUGUUGAAAUUAUUCCGCCUUCAUGGCCCGUUCCUCCGGUGCAUGUAGCUGCGCCUGAGCGCGAAGAAAUGAAUGCCUCAGCGGCGCGAGCAUCAGAGCACCAAGCGACUACAACCGCCGCUGAUGUGCAUUUAGAACAACCUAGUAGGGAAGCCCCCCAAUACCCUGUUUAUGUACCACACAAGAUGAAAGGCAAGGGCAAAUGUACACUGGACGCCAUUUCGACCACCAAGGACGCAUCUCCUCCAUCAGAAGCGCUGCCACAAACCUCUUUGCCGUCUGCAAAGGAAAAUGGUUUUGAUUCGGAGGAGGCAAUCGUCACCAGUAAGCCUGCUCCCCCUGAGCUAGCGAGAAAUCAGCCAAUAGCGGUCAUAUCCUCCAAACCAAUAGCAAGCGGCCUUGCUCCAUCAGCGGAACCCGUUGAAAGUAAUGCAGCGCCAACACUUGACUCCGCAACAUCACCACAAACAACGGAAGCUUACAAGAUCGCCUUGCCAACACGGACGGAUACCCCUUCGAUAGAUGCGUCGAUCACGACCCUUGGUUACGUCUCAUCGCUUUCCAAGUUGCAAGCACUCAGGAGCGAUAACCUGGCAAGAUUCUUCCGUUUGCCAAUUGAGAUGCAGACCCUGGAUACAUCCUCGUUUCUGCAUCUUCAUGCCGUGGUGAAGCGCAUUGGCGCGGUAGUCGGUGUUAAUGCUGGAGUUUACGACAAGCAGAGAUUGUUUUUCAUUGCGUACACGCACGAAGUGCUGGAAGAGGCGACAAGAAAGGUUGAUGAACACAUCGCUGCGGUGUGGAUGCGACCUGAGAUGGACGUUCCAUUCGCUGCGAGAACUCCGCCGUUAAGUCCGCCGUUAAGCGUCGUCCGCACUCAAUCCGGCGCUCAAGCGUUUGAAGUGAACACCCUCGUAAGUUCACCAUCAAAUGGGAGUAGCCCUCACAUGCAGCCCUAUGGUAUGCCUCUAACGACUAUGUGUGGACCGCCCUAUUCUUUGCAUCCUUACCAACCCAUGAUGCGACCGCAAUGGUACUACCCGUCCUGAGGCCAUAUGUGACUUGAAGGGAAAUGUGUUGGCGUAUUGCGAAACCUAUGUAUUAAACAGAAAGGGGCGUAAAGAUCCUCUUUAGCAUCAAGGACGCCUAGUUAAGGGGUCAACUCCCUAGUAGCCGAGGAAUUUGCAAUUAGUAACUCGGAUCGUUUUGAAUUCGACCAGCAGUAAGAGCUUUGACAUACGUAGCAGAUAUCUUGCUUAAUUUUGCAUAGAACUUUCUUCUGAAAAUAACAACUGUCUUCUGAGCAGUCGAAGUAUAUAAAUAAG